UCGGUCCUGUUUACAAGCCACUGCCAGCGGAGGAUGUGGAGUACAGUGACUGGAAAAUAGACGGACACAGCCCGCAACCAGCAGAGACCACGAAUUGGAUAUUUGGUCGUGUGUUGUCGAUCAGUUCGGACCGCCAAAGCCACAGACUGCGAUUAAUAACAACGCGUUAUUAACUUGCGUUGUUGUGUAAUUUAACGCUUUCAGUUCUUUCGCCCGGUCAGUCAGACGCUGGUAGUUGCGAUCAGCUGCUAUGCUGUAGUUUUUUCUUUUCUUUUUUUUAAAAAAUGACGAGAUUGAUUAAAGUUAAGUGUGGAUCUUUAUUUCUGCUGGAGACCCGCUCUCAAGGAUUUGGCGUUUCUGUGGUGGAUUCAAGGAGGCGUUGGGCAUCUGGUCCUCAGUAGGUUUUUCCAAAAGGGUGUUCAGACAAGGUCAGCGCGAAUGGGACUUAUAAGACUUCAGAAAGGGCCUGGUUGGGAAAGGGAGUGAGUAUGGACAACCUUUCUGACUUCAGUGGCCCCUGUCCAUCCACCCGCAGGGAAUGGGACACCAACAGCUGCGUGGAUGAUUUAAUGGAUGAAGAUGAGAAAGACAGGGCUAAAAGGGCAUCUCGUAACAAAUCGGAAAAGAAAAGGAGAGACCAAUUCAAUGUGCUCAUCAAGGAGCUGUGCACCAUGCUGCAGGGUCAAGGUCAUCCGCGCAAGAUGGAUAAGUCCACCAUUCUGCAGAGAACUAUUGACUUCUUGCAGAAACAGAAAGACAUGACUGCACAGAAUGAAACUUGUGAUGUGAGACAGGACUGGAAGCCUUCAUUCCUCAGCAAUGAGGAGUUCACUCAGCUAAUGCUUGAGGCCCUAGAUGGUUUCCUGAUAGCAUUAACUACAGAUGGCAACAUCAUAUAUGUAUCUGACAGCGUGUCUUCACUUAUUGGCCAUUUACCGUCAGAUAUGGUGGACCAAAAUAUCUUGAAUUUCCUCCCUGAGCGGGAGCAUGGGGAGGUGUAUAAGCUGCUAUCAUCCCACAUGCUGAUGACUGACCCCAUUGCUGCUGACUUCAUGAACAGUGAGGCACAUAUUGAAUUUUGCUGUCAUCUAGCCAGAAGCAACAUUGACCCAAAGGAACCACCUGUAUACGAGUAUGUCAAGUUUGUUGGAGAUUUCAAGUUUCAUAACAAUGUGCCUACAUCUUCUUGUAACGGGCUAGAAUUGACGUUGCCAAGAAGCCUGCAGUCAUCGCUGGAGGAGCAGGUCUGCCUCAUUGCUACUGUACGAUUAGUCACUCCACAGUUUCUAAAGGACUUGUGUAAUGUGGAAGAUCCUUGUGAUGAAUUCACAUCCAGACACAGCCUUGAAUGGAAGUUCCUGUUUUUAGACCACAGAGCUUCACCAAUCAUAGGCUAUUUACCCUUUGAGGUUCUUGGAACUUCUGGCUAUGAUUACUAUCAUGUGGAUGACUUGGAGCUUAUAGCUCAGUGUCAUAAGCAGCUAAUGCAGUUUGGAAAGGGCAAGUCCUGCUACUAUCGCUUCCUGACCAAAGGUCAACAGUGGAUUUGGUUGCAGACUCACUACUACAUCACUUACCACCAGUGGAACUCCAAACCCGAGUUUAUUGUCUGCACUCACACUGUUGUCAGUUAUGCUGAAGUGCGAGCUGAAAGGAGGAGAGCGUUUGGCUUUGAGGAGCUGUCUCCACCGGAGAUAGCCCCCUCCUCAGUGAAGGCUCAAGAGCUGUACCUGGACAUCUGCUCCACACUGGACCCUCCACGGGACAGAAACAGCAGCGCACGUUCGGUAUCCUCCCACAGCUCCCGGAAGUCCUCCCACACAGCGCUGUCAGACUCUGCAUCAGCUAACUCCUACACAGAGGCCUGCACGCCAUCAUGGCAGUCUGCUUCCAUUGGGACAGAGAAGACAUCUGCCAGACUCCAACCUAGUAGUUCAAAGAAUUUGGCACAAAGACAAAAUUCAUUUGACCUCGUUCCCCAAAUGAGCCUUCCCCUUUCUCCUACCUGCAGCAAGCACUCCGCAAUGCAACAGCAAACACAACAGCAGCAGCAGCAGCAGUCGUCCAUGUAUCAGCUGCAGCAGCCUCAGCUCUGUGUAAUGAACCAGCUUAAGGAGCAGCUGGAGGAGAGGACGCGCAUUCUGCAAGCUGACAUUAAGACGCAGCAGCAGGAGCUGCAUGACAUAAAGGAGAAGCUUCACCUCGCUAAUCUCCAGAUGUUGUUACAGCAGCCUGCCCACAAUGACUUUGGCCAGUCCCAGCAGCAGCCCCAGCAGCAGCAGGGCUCGGGCAGGCCGGCCCAGCAGAGCCAGUCGGGGGUGAUCAGGCAGCACUCAGGCCACCCUAAACAACCAUCCUGCGGGGUCCACAGCUCAUCCCCUCACUCACUCCUGAGGGAAAGCAGCUCACCCUCAUCACAGGUCCAGCAGAGGAUUGCACAGUCGGUGAGUGUGCCCGUGCAGACAAACACAAGUCUGACAAUGCCUUUCUACAGCAACCCCAUGAUGUUCUCUCAGACCAACACGAGGUCUCUGCAGGACGCAAACCAAAGACACACAGACAGCGAGUUCAGCCAAGACGGACAACUACGCAUGCUCCUCAACCAGCCAAUGCAGACGCUGGUUCCCUCUAGCACUGUCACCUCGCAGCCUUCCCAGUGCAACAUGGGCAUCUCCCAAACCAUAUACACCUUGGAGCAGCAGAUCAUCGCCCCUUCAUUCUCCAUGCAACAGGUCAACUGCAACGCUGUCCUCGUGCCCUCCCCGGUCUUCACAUCCCCCAUAAUGAUCCCACACAACAGUUUCAUCUCAAACCAGUCCCAGUCAGCCUACCACGCUCAGACUCAGGCUUCUCAGCACUCCCUGCAGCUACAGCAGCCCCAGCAGUUCUUUCAGAUGACUCAAGGACUCGUACAUGGCGGAUCUACUCCAACAUUUUUACACACCACUAAUGUCCCACAGCAAAGCACUGUGGGAUACAUCCAGCAGCAGCCGCAAACACAGCAACUACCGCAAGCAACGCAGCAACAGGCGCAACAACAAAGGCAAUACCAACAUUCCCAAAACCAGACUGGCAGUGUUUCAGACUUCGGAAAUAUGCUGACUCGGUAGCGCUGUGAACUACGUUAGAGCGCUGAGAUUGCCCCGUUGUGUUUUCGCCGUGUAGGCAGCAGCAUGUUGUGGCGUUUGGAAGUCAAACUUGAUGCCAAGUUCUGCAGCGGAAAAGCUUGAGAGCGGCAAAUUGCUUCUAGUGACGUAACUUCUGAUGUGAAGCUGCCCAUUCCGAAGAAGCCGGUGUGUACACCACAGGAGUGAAAACCACAAGCAGAGGCUGCACUGACCUGACGUCACAUGCAGGACCUGAGGAGCGUCUGAGCGGCCCAGAUCACACUCACGUGUCAAUCAGCGAAACUGCCGAAACAAGUGGAUUAUCAAAGCUCUCAAGAAGACACCGCUUUCACGUGUUUACAUGUGGAAGUUUUUCCUUCUAAGUGUCUGUUGCACUUUGGUACCACCCCCUACCCAAAAGCAGAAUAUUUAUUUUUGCCCAUGAAUUAAUAUUCUAUUUUAAUCACUUGUAAUGGUUUAAUAGUGAGAUUAUUUUUCGAACCUACAGCUUGACUCCCCUCCCCAGUCACAUGAAAUCACUGAUCAGAUUUCUAGCUCCAGUGGUUCAUCUCAUAAGGGGAUUUGUGUACACAGGAACUCAAGUGUGUAUUUCAGUCGACAGACUAGAGACGUCGCUCCCAUUUUGUCCCAAAAACAAUGAUUUACUUGCAGAUAUGUUCAGGGCAAGUCACUAGAGAGGAGCUAUACUAUUAAACAUGCAGUGGUGAGAUGGCCAUCAUAUCUGAAAAAAAGGUUUGGUAAUAAUUUAGAUGUGAAACUCUACGCUGGGGGUGGGGGGAUGUUCUUAAAUAAGUAGAAAGGUUUAUCUAGAUUUUUAAAGCCUCAAUCUGGGAUUGAAGAAGGGGUGCUACAGCCAUCCCAUCACUUCUCACUGGGAACAAACAACAACACAGCUCUGAAGUCCUGAUUUUAGGCUCUUCUGAUGAGCUCUGCAGCACGAGUCCUUAAGUGAUAAACAAGCUACCAGAGGGGUGGGGGGUGGGGGGGGGAAUUGUGCCUUUAACCAUGGUCCAUGCAGUUUGAUGGUUUUUGUCUGAUUACGGCUUUAAAAAUCCAGCUCAGGUCCAUUUGGAAUAUAAAUUUAUAUUUUCAUAGAUCAUAAUUUAUUAUUUUCCACAUCAGAUUUAAACAAAAGACAUCUAGAUUUGUAAAGGAUAUAUUACAAGAUGCUAUUUGCAACAUUCACACUAGUCAGUCCAAACUCUUUGUGUAAUGAUAGUAUCUAAUAAGAUUCAUUUAACUAUUUACUGAAACCCUAAUGAAAUCAUUUCAUGCGGAUUUAUUUCAUAGAAAUUUGAAGAAGAAAAAAUGUGAUUACGAAAUCUGUUUUAUACCCAAAAGUUAUAAUUUGAAUUUAUGUGUUCAUUUAGACAUUUAAAGGUCAACACUGGUCUUAAUGUCUUAUCCCCAUGUACGUGUGAGCUUGGUAGAGAAAUUAUUUGGGAGAGAUUCUUCCUGCUGCCUGGUUAUUUCUCUUCAGUAUUGCCCCGUUUAUUAUUCUGCUCUGGUCCUUCAUUUGUUUUGUCUAUCUGACCAUCUGAGAAGUCUCGACAUGUACACUCUAAUCAUGACCAUAUGAGCUCAUUUACAAGUUAACAAUACACUGCUUCCUACUAUGAAUGUGAUCUCUGAGCAAACUAUUGUACAGCUGCAGUGGUAACAAACUAACAACACUAUAUUUCAUUGGAAGUUGCUCAAGUUCUUUGCAGAGUCAGUCCUGUCAGUAUUUCAAGAUGUUCCAAUCUUGGUUCACUAUGCUAGUUUUACCUCUUUGUGUGACAAUCUUUGCAGUCCACCAUAUGUGGUUUUUGGUUUGGUGGAGGGAAUCGUGCUGCGAUAAGUGCAACUGCUAAUCAGCACUUGUAACUGCACUCCUAUCUCAAACAUUCAUACCGAAUAUAAAAAAGUAACAUAUUUAUUGGCUCAAGGUGCAAUGCUGCGUUCUUUAAAGACAGUGUUGUCAGAUUACAGCACUGCGGUAACGGUGAAACGACAGUGGUAACAGAAUGAGGUAUUGGUGAAGCCGGCUUAGCAGGUGAACGCGUCUAGAAAACACAUUAAAAAAAAUGUCUCUUCUGUUAGUGACAAUCAGACAGACAACUUGUAACAGUAUGCAGGAUACUGCCUGUGCCAGAAUCUGACAAUCUUUCUAUCUUUAAAUUUGUUCGUGGGUUACACAAGUUGUUCCCAAAUGGCUCAGCAUGAAAAAACAGUUUCUUGUGACUCUGUCCCUCCUGACAUUCUCACCGUGGAACUUGUGCUCCACUUUAUAAAAAGCAGCCCUUCACACUCGAUGUGACAGUUUGGUCUCAGCCGCCUCCGCUGUACACAUUCACAUUAGCUACGUCGUAGUCCCUUUCAAGACUGGUGCUGUUCAUCUUGGACGACGAGACUAAACUGUCAGAACACUUUCAACAUGUACGUUCAGUGCCGUUUUACAUUUUUCCUAUGUGCAAUGUCAAUUUGAAAAGACGAAUGUUAAUUUAUACUGUUUUAAAUGUUUUAGAACAGAUGUACGAUGUAUAUAGAGGUGUAUAAUAAGCCAUUGUACCAUGUACAUUAUAUGAAAGUAUUUUUGUAAUGCAAAUGUCCUAACAUUCCUUCAGCCGUUGAUAUCAGCAUUAUCUUUUUAAGGGUGCAAGAUGUGUCUAGUGAAAAGAUGAUUACAGUGAUUACACUGUUUCUGCUUGGGAAUGUGGUGCAGAGUGGUAGUUUUCCCCCCUGACAUGAUCACAAAGCACAAACUCUGGAGCAAAGGCUCAUGAUGUUCACCAUGAUGAUGAAAAAAAGAUUAAAUGAAGAAUCUGAAUCCUCAAUUCCCUGUCAAGCAGAAUUUCAGACACUUGAAGAGUCCAGAUCAGGGCGCAGGAACAGCUGUCCAGCUGUGUUGUCACUGCUAGUGAUAAGUCGUCAUAAGGUGAUUCAGCCAAAUCAUACUGAAGUGAACCUGCAAAAAAGUUAUUUUCCUUUUUUUCAGUUGAACGGGUUUCAGUUAUGUAGCAAAAGUGAAAAAAGAAAAAGUGCAAUUGUACAUUCAUCAUUGAAAUAUUGUUUUUAGAUGGCUGAGGGAAGUCUCCCUUUAUGUAUUUCUAUACAUCCAUGUUCGGCGUAGUAACAUUAAAGUGAGGUUCAGCUCGGCCAGCAACUCAAGAGGUGCCAUAGAAGACUAUGUUUUUACUUUCCUUCAAUUUUAUUUCAGCUACUCAAAGAUAUUUUUGGGAAAAAAUAUUUUGCAGAAUAUCAAGCUUUCAGUCAAUCGCAGUGCAAUGUCCCCUAAAGGUUGUUUUCCAUUUAAACACAUCAUGCAGAGAAGCUGUCAGUCCAUGUUUGUCUACAAAUCAACUGUUAUAAUACUGUUAUUUGCCUUGCAAAGGUGGUCAAGGGAAUUUCUGCUCCUUAAACUCAUCGGUGAGUGAAUCCUGUUGAGAUAAUUCAUGCAUUGUGCUCCAGAUGUGGGUUAAGACCUUAAUUAUUUUGCUGUGGACAAAUCACCUCAUUCUCUGCCAGAUGUUUGGAUGUGAGGUGAUUUUUAGAGGGUUUUUUUGGUUUGUAUUCACAGACGUUAUUGUAAAUAAUCCGUCUGCUCAGUCGGUACUGUUUUUCUGCAUAGUUGCUCUCCCCAGCAGUAGAUACCGCACCCUUUUUCCCUCCUCAUCUUUCAGAAAGCUUAACUUCUUCAUGGGAUUUUUCAUUAGUGUCAUUGUUUUUGAAAGCGUGUGAUUUUAAUCACAUUUAACUUGUGCUUUUCUGAUUUGUAAAAUAAUGACCCACACCUUAAAUGUGAGAGUGGGCAGUCAGAUCGACUCGAUUUCUCUGUAAGAUUUGCCAGGACAUAAACAAAACAAACCUGGUUCACAGCCAUUUCUGCAGUUUCAGUGCAGAAACAUUGAAUAUAUUGUAUAAUAGAAUGUAAAAAAAAGAAGUUUAGACUAUAUAGCUGUUUAUUUUAUAUGUCCAAUAGAUUACAUAUGUAUGUUACAUGAUUUUAAAAUUAAAGUAAUUUUGUAACAGAUAAUGAAGUGUCUUAUUAGAGGAUGUGAGGGUUUUUUGCGUUCAGGUUGGUGUUGCACAGUCACUUGUAUGGUUUUCUUUCUGUCUUUACCAUCAAAAUAAGCUUUAAAAAUAUCGUUAAUAUUGUUUUAAAAGAAAUUAACAAAUUACGUUUACAUUCUAAAAUAUCUUGACAUUAAUUAUGUUAUAUUGAAUUAUUUAUAAAUCAACCUGGAUAUUGUGAUAUUUGAAAAUAAAUAUUUUUAAACAUA